GGCUGUCAGGGGGUUCGACUGGAGGAGAAGAGGUGACUGUCCUGGGCCGCUGCUGGCCUCUGAGCAAGCGGAGCCAAAAUGUCCCCGGAGUCUAAAAAGCUUUUCAACAUCGUUAUUUUAGGAGUUGCCUUUAUGUUUAUGUUCACCGCCUUUCAGACUUGUGGAAAUGUGGCGCAAACUGUCAUCAGGAGCUUAAAUAGCACAGAUUUUCAUGGCAGUGGAUAUACCAGCUUGGCAAUUAUUUAUGGCGUGUUCUCUGCUUCAAAUUUGAUCACUCCGUCCGUGGUCGCCAUUGUUGGACCUCAGAUCUCUAUGUUUGUCAGUGGUUUGUUUUACAGCAUGUACAUUGCCGUUUUUAUCCAGCCUUUCCCAUGGUCCUUCUACACAGCAUCUGUCUUCAUCGGAAUUGCCGCUGCUGUCCUUUGGACAGCACAAGGAAAUUGCCUGACGAUAAAUUCUGAUGAGCACACAAUCGGGAGAAACAGCGGAAUUUUCUGGGCACUCUUACAGUCUAGCUUGUUCUUUGGGAAUCUCUACAUAUAUUUUGCAUGGCAAGGGAAGACCCAGAUCUCAGAGCAUGACCGAAGGACAGUGUUUAUUGCUCUGACAGUGAUAAGCCUCGUGGGGACCGUUCUGUUCUUUCUCAUUCGGAAACCAGAUCCUGAGAAUGUCCUUGGAGAAGAAGAGUCUUGCGAUGACCAGGACAUGGAAGCCACCGAGUCUGCCCAGAACAACGUGACAAAGGCAGUCGAUGCGUUUAAAAAGUCUCUGAGGCUGUGUGUCACCAGGGAGAUGCUGCUCCUGAGCGUCACGACUGCCUACACAGGUCUGGAGCUGACCUUCUUCUCUGGGGUGUACGGUACCUGUAUUGGGGCCGUAAACAAAUUUGGGACAGAAGAGAAAAGCCUCAUUGGACUUUCUGGAAUUUUCAUCGGCAUUGGAGAGAUUUUAGGUGGGAGCCUCUUCGGCCUGCUGAGCAAGAACAGUCGCUUUGGCAGGAACCCGGUCGUGCUGCUCGGCACCCUGGUGCACUUCGUAGCCUUCUACUUGAUCUUUCUCAACAUGCCCGGAGACGCGCCCAUUGCCCCUGUGGAAGGGACCAACAGCAUUGCAUACAUCAGGCCCAGCAAAGAAGUUGCCAUUCUCUGCAGUUUUCUGCUGGGUCUGGGAGACAGCUGCUUCAACACCCAGCUGCUUAGCAUUCUGGGUUUUCUCUACUCGGAAGACAGCGCGCCGGCCUUCGCGGUCUUUAAGUUUGUUCAGUCAAUCUGCGCAGCCGUGGCCUUUUUCUACAGCAACUACCUCCUCCUCCACUGGCAGCUCCUGGUCAUGGUGAUAUUUGGGUUUUUUGGAACCAUUUCUUUCUUCGCUGUGGAGUGGGACGCUGCUGCCAUCGUGGCCCGAGGCUCGGACUACCGAAGCAUUUGAUGAGAAAACAAGUGUCUCCAAGAAACACAGCUGGUCACAUGGCAGCUGGUUAAAUCCGACGGCCUGUCAGUCUCAUAAUCGCUAAAGCGAGAACGGAGACUGUGAAAUCGGGCGGGGUUGGUAGUAAAGUUUACAUAUCCUAGCGGCACACGCUAGCGGAGGAAGGGAAUCCCGCUCUAUCCGUUACAGCUGUUCUGAGAUGUUCGUCCACCCCCUCCCUCAGUUCCUCACAAUCAGGGCUCCUCCAUCCUCAUUCUCGAGGAACGAUCCAGCCUGGCUCGCCAUGUGUCACGAGAUCCUUGCUGGCUGUGGAGUAUGCCUCACUCUUUCGAAAUAGGAAGCAGAUGCCACUCCAUGUGUGGGUCUGGGAAUGACUUUCUGAAACACAGCAAGGAUGCUGAGACACGUUGUUUUGAGACAGGAUCUCACUGCGUAGCCCAGGCUGGUCUUGGACUUGCAGCCCUCCCCUGCCUCCAGUGUUGGGGUUAUUGCCCAACACUGGAUUUAAAACGCUCCAAUCCUAAGAGUUAGGGUCUUGAUAUGCAGCCUUGGCUGGCCUGGACUUUGUAUACCAGGCAAUGCUCCUGCCUUUGUCUCCAGAAUGCCUGGGUGGUGAGAAUAUGCUACCACACACCGCUGAGACUUCAACUUCUCCUAAAAUGCUUUGUUGAACAAGUCUUACCUUGUCACUCCCAGCAAGGGGCUGGUUAUGUGUAAUGAGGUAAAGACUGUGUCAUUUGUCAACUAAUAAAAGCAUAUUUAGAGAAGGAAAGAGUAUUUACUGGGAGGGGGAGGACUCAUGCUGUGGUUGUCCUGACCGUUACAAUAAAGAAAACUCCGGCCAUCCUCUGUGGGAAAGUGCGUAAGCACUGCAGACUGUCUCCCACAAGGACUGACACUCUUACGAUUGAGAUAUUAAAUUAAUUAAGCAUCUAGAUCAGGUCUAACAUGUAUGUACUGCAGCUUGGCCUCCAACUUGUGCUCUUCCAAGCCACAAACAACCUCUGGCUAAAAUUCACCAACUUAGUGUGUAUGUGUGGUGUGUGUGCAUAAGGUUGUAUAACUGCCACCAUAUCUAAUGACAAUAUUUUAUUUUUAAAUUCUUUUUUAUUUUAUUUAUUAGUGUAUGUGUUUGCCUGUGGCUUGUCUGUAUAUACAUUCUGCCUACAGAACUCAGAGAAGUCAGAUGGAGAUUGGAUCCCUGCGAACUGCAUUUACAGGCAGUUAAAGACCACUGAUAUGGGGUGCGUUCUCUGGUGUCUUAGUUACUUUCCUCUUGUGAAGAGAUACCAAGGCAACUUGUUUCGAGACAGGGUUUCUCUGUGUAGCACUGGCUGUCCUUGAACUCACGAGGCUGGAGAAUCUGGUUGAGUGCUGGGAUUAAAGUGUCCACUAUUUCUUUGUUUUGUGUCGAUGUACCUUGACGGAUGUAUUCGCCUAGCUUUCUUGUUUUUCUUCUGUAUUAAAAGUCUGGUGCCUGCUUGGAAAAAUUACAUUAAGAUACACAGUCAAGGGCUGGCGAGAUGGCUCAGUGGGUAAGAGCACCCGACUGCUCUUCCGAAGGUCCAGAGUUCAAAUCCCAGCAACCACAUGGUGGCUCACAACCAUCCCCAACAAGAUCUGACUCCCUCUUCUAGAGUGUCUGAAGACAGCUACAGUGUACUUACAUAUAAUCAAUAAAUAAAUCUUUAAAAAAAAAAAAAAAAAAAAAAAAA